AUGACUGCCUCUGCCUUGAUUGACCAGGUGCCCGGCCCCGUGUCCAAGGCUGCCUCAGACAAGCUCAACACCGUUUUCGACGCCCGCGCUGUUCACUUUGUCGUCGACUAUGACAAGAGCGAGGGAACAUACAUUGUCGAUGUCGACGGCAACAAGUACCUCGAUGUCUACUCCCAAAUCGCCUCUAUCCCCGUGGGCUACAACAACGCCGCGCUCGCCGCCGCGGCCAAGUCCCCCGCCAUGAUCUCGGCCCUCAUCAACCGCCCAGCCAUCGGCAACUACCCGUCGGCGCAGUGGCACGACGUGCUCCAAAACGGCCUGCUCCGCGCGGCGCCGCGCGGGCUCGACAAGAUCUUCACGGCGCAGUCCGGCUCCGAGGCCAACGAGCUGGCCUACAAGGCGGCCUUUAUGCUGUACCGGCGCAAGCAGCGCGCCGCGGGCGCCUGGACGCCCGAGGAGGUCUCGUCCUGCCUGGACAACGCCGCGCCGGGCUCGCCGGACCUCGCCAUCCUGAGCUUCGCGCGCUCGUUCCACGGGCGCGGCUUCGGCAGCCUGUCGACGACGCGCUCCAAGGCGGUGCACAAGCUCGACAUCCCCGCGUUCGACUGGCCGCAGGCGCCGUUCCCGCAGCUGCAGUACCCGCUGGAGAAGCACGCGGCGCGCAACGCGGCCGAGGAGGCGCGCUGCCUGGCCCGCGUCGAGGAGCUUCUCCAGACGUGGCGCUGUCCCGUGGCGGCCGUCAUCGUGGAGCCCGUGCAGAGCGAGGGCGGCGACAACCACGCGUCGCCGGCCUUCUUCCAGGGCCUGCGCGCGCUGACCGCGCGCCGAGGCGUCUGCCUCAUCGCCGACGAGGUGCAGACGGGCUUUGGCGCCACGGGCCGCUUCUGGGGCCACGAGCACUGGCGCCUGCCCGCGCCGCCGGACAUGGUGACGUUUUCCAAAAAGGCGCAGACCGCGGGCUACUUUUUCGGAAACCCGCUGCUGGUCCCGGACCAGGCGUACAGGCAGUUCAACACUUGGAUCGGCGACCCUGCGCGCGUUUUGCUGUGCAAGGCCGUCAUUGAGGAGAUUCUCGACAACAACCUGGUUGAGCAGUGCGCUCGUGUUGGUGAUGUCUUGUACGCUGAGCUGGAGAAGCUCGCGGUCAAGUAUCCUGCUGAGAUCCGGGACCUGCGCGGCAAGGGACAAGGAACAUUUAUUGCCUUUGACGUGGAAGACCCUGUUGGCUUUGUUGCGGCCAUGAAGAAGCGUGGCGUCAACAUCGGCACUUGCGGUGUUUCGACUGUUCGCCUUCGUCCAAUGCUGAUUUUCGACGAGACUCACGUCCCUGUCCUGAUCAACACGAUGGAGGCGGUACUGUCUGCCUUGUAA